UUUAUCAUGAAUAAUAAGGUGUUAUUGGCAGCAAUAUUUCUAGAUCCCCGUUUCAAGGUAACAUUAAGUGAAAUACAGUAUGAUAUAGCCAUUAGUCAUUUAAUUUCUAUUUGGGUUUAUUUAAAAGAUAAUAAAAUAAACUCAAAAGAUAAUCAUGAAAGUAUGGAAGACCAAAUAGCUGAAAGUGAUAAUUUCGAAUUUAAUCAAAAUUCUGAUCCUCUUGAACAAUUUUUGCAAGAAAGAGAAAGCGUCGAAGUAGUAUCAUGUUCAAGCCAAAAUUCUACUUCAACAGUUAUUGAAAAUUUACUUAAAACGUAUUAUUUAAACCAAAAAAGGUUAAGUUAUAAAAUCAACAUAUUACAGUUUUGGAAAUCAAUGGAAGACACAUACCCAGAAUUGUAUAUACUUGCUAAAAUAGUGUUUGCUGUGCCUUCCACACAAGUUAGCGUUGAGCGGCUAUUUUCAGGACUUAAGUUUAUUUUAUCGCCUUACAGGAGUAAUAUAACGUCCAAAAAUUUAGAAAACCAACUAAUAGUUCGAACAAAUAGAUUGUUUGAGAAGAAAAUUAUAACAAAAGAGUAAAGUUUAUUUUAUAACUUACAUUUUUAUAAAUUUUAUUUUAUUUUAAAUAUUAUAUUUUUUUGUAUAAGUUACAUACAACUUAUAAUUAUAAAGGUUAUUUUUUAUUUUAAAACUUACACACUAUUUUAUUAUUAUUUAUGAUGUUGUUUAAGUUAAGCUUUCUAUUAAAUAUUCAAAUGUCUUGUUUUAUUUUAAUUAUUAUCUUAAAUAUUAUUAUUUUUGUUACAUUGAUUUU